ACUGCAGUUCCGACCUCCAGACAUUCCGAUGCAGAAAAGAGGUUAAAAGAAAAAUGUCGUCAGCCACGCCGAAGAAGCGCCUAAAACCCAAAAUCUCUUCUCCCUCUUCGUCCCGGCAAUCGCCGAUCGCGCUGGAGCCGCCGCGGCACCUGUUCCCGUCGAGGCAGGAGCUGCGGCGGCUCGUGGCGGUGCUCGCCAUCGCCUCUUCGGUCGCCGUCGCCUGCCACUUGUUCGCCAGCUUCCUCCGCCCCCAGACGAAGCCCUUCUGCGACAGCGGCCUCGGCCCCCUCGACGCAUUCGCAGAUGAUUGUGAGGCUUGUCCAAGUCACGGAGAAUGCCAUCAGGGCAAACUGGAUUGUGCUCAUGGAUACCAAAAGGUUGGAAGGUCAUGUGUGGAAGAUGGAGAUAUAAAUGAAACGGCCAGGAAACUUUCAGAAUGGGUUGAAAAUUGUCUUUGUGAAGCAAAUGCUCAGCUUCUAUGCUACAGGACUGGGACAGCUUGGGUUCCAGCUGAAGAGAUAUGGAACAAUUUGGAUGGACACCCACUGAUGAAGAACUUUGGCUGGGACACUGCUAAUUUCAAUUAUACGAAACAGAAGGCAGUAGAAGCCGCUGGAAAGAUAAUGGAGAGCAGGACAGAUUUAUCUGGGAUGAAAGUGCUGAAGUGUCCAGACUCAGUAGCGGAACUUUUCAAGCCAUACACCUGCCGAAUCCGUCUAUGGAUUUUCAAGCAUGUGUUAUUGGUUGUGCCAGUUUCUUUGCUGCUCGUGGCUUCUGCAAUGCUAAUCUGGAAAGUCCGUCGCAGAUGGAUUUUGUCAACUAGAGUGGAAGAGCUUUAUCAUCAGGUUUGUGACAUACUCGAGGAUAAUGCCUUGACAUCAAAGAAGGGUAAUGGCGAAACUGAACCAUGGGUAGUUGCUGCUAGGCUACGAGAUCACCUUCUCUUACCAAAAGAAAGGAAAGAUCGUGUUCUGUGGAAGAAGGUUGAGGAGUUGGUCCAGGAAGAUUCUCGCAUAGAUAGAUAUCCAAAGCUGGUUAAGGGUGAAUCAAAAGUGGUCUGGGAGUGGCAAGUUGAAGGCUCUCUGAGCUCCUUAAGAUCAAGGAAGAAGGGAGAACAAGGAACGCUUAAGUCUAGUCAUGGAAGGCAUUUGAAUUUGGAUCAACCAUCCCAUGAAUUGAGGAGAGAUUUUCAAGCAAACCCGCAUUGGAUCAAUGAACGCAAGGGAGUCCAUACAUAAUGAAGGCACUGCCCUUAAUCAUGUGGAUCUGGCCAAAUGCUCUCAAGAUGAUAAGGUGGAUAUACUUCCUGGGGAUUGCGUAUGAUCUUUUUGAAGUGCUCAGCUUGGAUCGAACUCCACACACGAUACAUAGUGUUUCCAACAGCAAAGACUUGGCAGCGCUUGUGCUUUGGGAACAUGAGUCUUCAUCUUGAUACAGCGAUGCUAUUUAACUAUUUUCCAUGAAGUUUUGUUAAGAACUAGAAAGUACGAAUGCAACUCCUUGACAGACCUUUAUUCUUCCCUGUCUUUUGAGUGUGUAAGUGUUCCAGCCAGUGCAUCAAUGGUGGUUUGUGUAAUAACUGUAGACAAAAAUGUUGCUGUUUUAUUUUUCACUGUUGCUUUUGGACCCCCUCCCAUGUACCAGCACAAAGGAAAUGAAGGCAUCAUAACACAUUGACCUAAUA